GACAGGGGCAGAUCUGAGAGAAACAGAGAGAGAGACAGGGGCAGGUCUGAGAGAAACAGAGAGAGAGACAGACACUCUAGUACCAGACACCUGGAUAGGUAUAGAUGGUGGAAGACAGACAGAAAAAUACGCUCUAGUACUAGAGCCGGGGACAGAGGGUGGGACAGGAGCAGAUCUGAGAGAAACAGAACAUCUAGUACCAGAGACGGAUCAGAGAAAGACGGGGAUAAAGACAGAUCUGAGAGAGACAAGGACAGAGAGAGAUGGUGGGAGCGAGGCAAAGACUGGGAUGGGGACAAGGAAAGCUUCAUGGGGCUUUACCCAUACUCCAACGAUCCUACACACCCUCAUGCAUCUUUGAUGGCAACCUACUCUCAGUACAUGGCAUACCACAGCAGGCACUACGCCUUCCCUCCAGGGUGUAGCUUUCCCCCUGGUACCGUGCCCCCUGGUACCAUGCCCCCGAGUACCGUGCCCCCUGGUACCGUGUCACCUGGUACCAUGCCCCAUGGUACCAUGCCCCUCCUCCCUAACCCUCUUGGGUAUCCACUCUACCCUAACUGCCCACCUUAUUACUAUAAUGGCACUUCAGAAACCUUUUUCCAGGCAUACACCCAGGCCACUGGCAACCCCCAGUUCACAAACAUGGAUGUACAAGUGCAGGACCCAGACCCAUCCCUGAGCAUCCCUGAACAGGACAUAGAGACUGUGUGGCCCAGACUUGUCGAUCCCAGCAUAAACCAGGACUCAAAACCUGUUGGACUAAACCAUUUGAGAACAAAGAGGACUAUAAAGAGGAAACGCUAUACGUUUAAUUUGAGGCAUCGCAAACGUGCUUUUAAAGGUGUAUUGAGACAGCUUAAAGACACUCCUCAGGUGGCUGCCAAGGAGCCCCCCUCUGAGCCAGGUACCAAGAAAGAGCCAGAAGAAGAAGCAGUCAUAGAAGGGGAGAAACUGCAUUCUGUGGUCCCUCCGGUGGCUACAAAGGAUUCUGAGGCACCCUCUAGAACAGGACCCCAAAAUAGAAAAUGGAGAAAAGGGAAAACACUGGAAGAAAAAGGAGGUAUAUACAACCCAGGUUUAUCCAUCAAGGUAAACAGAACCUAUAUGACAAGGCGGAAACUGCCUUGUCAUACAGAACCAGAAGCAGAGGACAAAUCAUUGACAGAAUGGCAGAGACUGUUUGCAGACUCUGUGGCGAAAGUGGCUGCAACGGACCUAUUUGCCCUCUCUGAACCAGAGGCUGAGAUAAAGCCUGACGGGGAGACGGAGCAGAAAAUGACAGACGAAGAGAUGAAGGCGAAAUUAAAGAAAAAGCUUGGCGAGUUCAACCUGAAGAUGAAGAAGAAAUCAACACAUUUAAAAGAAGCCCCAACAGAAGCCCCAACAGAAGCCCCAACAUAAGCUGAAAGGGCAGCUGUUGUAGUGCGUCAUGAGCUCACCUCCCCCUCGAACCUGCUGCUGACCCAUCCAGACCCUGUGGACAUCCAUUGGCUAACAUCCUUCUUAUCUAAUGGCCAGUUUAUUAGGUUCUGGUCGGACUCUCCUUUGCCCGUUCCAUCUCAUCCCAAAGAUGCUCUAUUGGGUAUGAGGUCUAGGGACUGUGCAGGCCACUCAAGUAAACUGG